CCACACCCAAUCCUAACCUGCGCCUUGUCGAACUUUCGAGAAGCCCUUCAGCACCCCUAGAACUCUCUCGUCUCUCCCAGUCUCCUCACACCCUCAUUUACUUCAAGAACCCUCGUUCUGUGUACUUCCCAAUCGUUUUCUCUUCCUUAGGAAAUUAGGCAGACAUUUUAUCACAGAGUACCAAGAUCACCAUAACCCGUCACUUUCCAAUUCAUAAUUUGAGUGAUAAUGGCCGACGAAGCCAAAGCCAAAGGCAACGCGGCGUUCUCCGCCGGUAAGUUCAACGACGCCGUCAGCCAUUUUACUGAUGCCAUCAACUUAGCCCCCACCAACCACGUCCUCUACUCCAAUCGAUCUGCUGCCUAUGCUUCACUCAACAAAUUUUCUGAAGCCCUUUCCGAUGCGCAGAAGACCGUCGAGCUUAAGCCCGACUGGGGAAAGGGCUACUCGCGGCUGGGUGCGGCGUACAUGGGCCUGCACAACUACGGUGAUGCUGUUUCUGCAUACAAAAAGGGUAUCGAAAUUGAGCCCAAUAAUGAGGCCCUGAAGUCCGGGCUCGCUGAUGCGGAGGCGGCUCUGGCGCGGAGCUCCAGGCCACGGGCAGCGCCGGGAGCAAGCCCGUUUGGGGAGGCAUUUGGGCCAGAGAUGUGGGUCAGGCUAGCGAGCGACGCUUCUACCCGGGAGUUCCUUCAGCAGCCAGAUUUUGUGAAGAUGAUGCAGGAUAUUCAGAAGAGCCCGAAUAAUCUUAACUUGUAUCUCAAGGAUCAGAGAGUUAUGCAAGCUUUGGGCGUUCUGUUGAAUUUGAAGUUUCAAACGAGGGGAGCUGAGGAGGAUGCGGAGAUGCCAUCGGCAUCGGAUGGUGGGUCGCCAGAGAGGAAGAGGCCUGCUGCGGCGGAUGCUGAGCCAGUGAAGGAGGAGAAGAGGCCAGAAAAGGAGCCAGAGCCAGAGCCUGAACCGAUGGAUGUUCCCGAGGAGGAGAAGGAGAAAAAGGAGAGAAAAGCAAAGGCUCAGAAAGAGAAGGAAGCUGGGAAUGCUGCGUACAAGAAGAAGGAUUUUGAGACUGCAAUUCAGCAUUACUCUAAGGCAAUUGAGCUGGACGAUGAGGAUAUUUCAUUCCUCACUAACCGUGCUGCUGUUUACCUGGAGAUGGGCAAGUACGAGGACUGCAUUAAAGAUUGUGACAAAGCUGUUGAGAGGGGUAGAGAACUAAGAUCAGAUUUCAAGAUGAUAGCUAGAGCCUUGACAAGAAAAGGAACUGCAUUGGUGAAGAUGGCCAAGAGUUCGAAGGAUUAUGAGCCUGCCAUUGAAACUUUUCAGAAGGCGCUAACUGAGCAUCGCAACCCAGACACACUGAAGAAGCUCAAUGAUGCUGAGAAAGCCAAGAAAGAUCUGGAGCAACAGGAAUACUUUGAUCCACAAAUAGCUGAUGAGGAGCGUGAGAAAGGCAACCAGUACUUUAAAGAGCAGAAGUACCCUGAAGCAGUCAGGCACUAUACUGAAGCAAUAAAGAGGAAUCCAAAGGAUCCAAAGGCAUACAGCAAUAGGGCGGCUUGUUACACAAAACUUGGUGCAAUGCCUGAGGCCCUGAAAGAUGCCGAGAAAUGCCUCGAACUUGAUCCAACUUUUUCAAAAGGUUAUACUAGAAAGGGUGCUGUCCAAUUUUUCAUGAAAGAGUACGAGAAAGCAUUGGAAACAUACCAGGAGGGGUUGAAGCAUGAUCCUCAGAACCAGGAAUUGCUAGAUGGUGUCAGAAGAUGUGUAGAGCAGAUUAACAAGGCUAGUCGUGGAGAUUUGAGCCCUGAGGAAUUGAAAGAGAGACAGGCCAAGGCAAUGCAGGAUCCGGAAAUUCAAAACAUUCUAACAGAUCCUGUAAUGAGACAGGUCCUAGUUGACUUCCAGGAGAAUCCGCGUGCUGCACAGGACCAUAUGAAGAAUCCUCAAGUGAUGAACAAAAUACAGAAACUUGUCAGUGCUGGAAUUGUUCAAGUCAGAUAAGUAGAAUUGGGAACAUUGGAGGAUUCAUUAGAUCUGUGCCAGUGGCGAAAAUGACGUCAUGAGUGUCCUAGAAGUGAUGCAAAGUUUUGUGGUUGCAGUGAUGAAAAUCUUCGCUGGUGCUUAAGUUUAUGCACAUGCUUUGAACAAAGUCUUCAAGUUACAUUUUAAUGUGAAGUUUCUUCGAAGUUGUGUUAAUGAAGUCUAGCUUUGAGCCCUUUUUUUCUUUUUUUUCCUUUUCCGGACUUAAUUGUUUCUUUCCAACGACUCUUCAAAUUCUUGUGUUAUACUGAAGAUAUUUGUGGCAUCUA